AUGAAGCCGAUUGACGAUAAGCAAGAGAAGGUGACGAUCAGAGCGGUGAGCCACGACGAGGAAGGAAAAAAGAGGGUGGAGAAGAAAGAGCUCAACACUCACAAUAUCGAUACUGUCAAGUACGUCGAGAAGAAGCUCAUCAAGAAGGGUGUCCAGCGCCAGGAGCGCCACCCUUCCGACGGCAUCGGCAUUGGACGGCCGCCUCCAAAGUCUGGCCACGGCGGUAAGUUCACCUGGGAAGGCCCUGCUGACAUGGCAGAGAACGAGCUUAUGGCGGCGCCGGCGGCCAUUGACGAGGGAGACCCCAACUAUGAGGACGGCGAAGAGAAGGGAGAGGAGGUGGCGGAGUUAGUUGUUGGGGAGGUUGAAGUGGCGAAGGUUGCUCAGGAGCACGACGGGGUUGCUAGGGUUGACGUUGAUCCUCGACUGGCGGUGAAUUAA